AUGUCAAGGUCAAUCACCCUGGAGCAGAUCCUCAGUGUCCUUAGGUCAUCUAGUGUUCCAGAAGAACGCAGCAAUGAUGUCAAAUCAAAUUUCUGGGCGAGUUACAAGAAAGCUGCAGAUGAGUACGAUGACGCUUUCCUCGAACGAGCCCAUGAUAAUAUAGGCGUUAUCCUGAAUUUUGCUGGUCUACUCUCAGUCGUCAUCUCUACAUUCAUCGGUGGAAUGCAACCUGACUCUGGAGACACUACCAAUGCCCUCUUGGUGCAGCUAAUUCAAGUCAGUGUUGACGGGCCAAGUGCCGUAGAUGACAUCAGCAAUCUUUCCUCAACUACGGGCUAUUCUUCUUCGACCGUCUGGGCGCAGACCCUUGCCUAUAUUGGCCUAGCGCUUAGUAUGUUGGCUGCGUUCGGGGCAGUUGUGGGAAAGCAA